UUUACGCGCAUGAUGCUUCACGUGCCGCUUCUUUCCGCCUGCUUGGUGCUAUGUACGGCCGUACCAUCAAGCUACCUGGCGCCGCCACCGCUCGCACCGGCUACGAUCGCGGCUGACAGCUAUGGUGAAGCGAUGCGUGGAGACUGCUACCCGGACUCGUGUUACAAUGGAGGAACGUGCGACAACAAGAAAGACGCCUAUGGUUACACAUGUAGCUGCCCUCAGGGUUUUGAUGGCUCUCGAUGUGAAAAGGCGGUGGAUACGUGCAAUCCGAACCCGUGUCUAAAUGAAGGCUACUGCGUAGUACAUGGAUACGAUGCCGUAUGCAAAUGCCCUUACGGUGUUACGGGUGAUAGGUGUGAAACUGAACUGAAUCCGUGUGAACCGGCUCCGUGCGAAAAUGGAGGAAUAUGCAAGAAGGGAAACUACCAGGUGGCGUAUGUCUGCGAAUGCCCAUUCGGCUUCUUCGGGCGCAACUGUGAACUGGACCCCUGCGCAAACAUUCCCUGCCAAAACAACGGCAUCUGCACGGGGGUGCGCGCAAGAACUGGACCUACAUUCACAUGCCAGUGCUCUUACGGAUUUGGUGGUUACACGUGCGACAAGGACACCGAGCCAUGCGAACCGAACCCAUGCAAUAACGGAGGCGUGUGUAGAGUAAGAUGGAAGUCAGAUGGCUACGACCAUGACUACCAAACGGUGUGCUUAUGCCCGUGCACACACACUGGCGACACGUGUGACAUUUUCAUUAAUCCAUGUGAGCCCAACCCUUGCUUGAAUAAUGCCACCUGCCGCAUGGUUGGAGGUUACUGCGACCACUCACAGUUUGCAUGCACCUGCCACCAUGGAUUCGAAGGAAAUAAGUGUGAACGCAAAACGGGACACAUUUCCCAUCUCCGCGCACCAUUGACACCAGCACAACGUAAACAGGCUACCCCAGUAAUAUACGACGUAGGAGCUAUAGACAGGACGAGCCCAGCUUCCAACCUGCCACGCCUCAACUACGAACUACCGAAGCCUACAUACGUGCAAUCACAGCCCAUCUAUAAGAUACCACCACCAGCCGCAUACCAGGCUAAGCCACCAUACGCUAGCCCAAGGCAUAGAGGACCUCAACCCGUGUUUGAACCUCUGAGACUCACUCACGAGCAGCGAGAUGUAAUCUACCGUAGUUCUGCACAGGCUGCCUCCACUGGUCGCAACAACCCUAUUCUACGACAGUUUCCAGUGUUCUAGCACCAGCAGAGAGUGCAUGGACCAUCUAUUGGACAAGACGGUAUCGUCAUUGACAACACCGUGGUAACAGGGAAUAGUUAUUACCCUAACCCUUAACUCCACUACCCUUGCUCUUAAUCUGAAUCUUAUGUAUUUAAAUCUUGAUCGAUAACUGGUCGUCUUUAGAAUUAUAACUAUAAGACAACUGAUGCGAAUGCGAAAUAAAACCAUGCUUCAUCAUAAUAUUAAUUAAUGAUCGUACAAGUUACAGUUUGAUAGAUAUUUAUGAAUGCAUUCAGCCUCAUUUACUAGAUAAUUCGGAUGAAAAGAUUGUAUCUCUAUAAUUUCUAAUAACUACGAUCAACCACAUAUCGAUUCUCAAGUUCUUAUACAUGAUUGCUGUUUGAAUAUACAUACCAGUGUAAUGAGCUUUAUGGUGGAGUUGCCAAUGAAAAUGACAAUGGUAAUCUAUAAAUCAAAAUUUUGUAGA